UGACGCUUAGGGGUCGAUUUUUCUCUUUUUCUCCCGGCCGGCGCUACUCUCCACAACACUUCUUAGUCCACUGUUUUUCAGGAUCCCUCCUAGUCACUCCGAGAAGGUGCCGCUCCGGCCUUGGGUGGGCCAGUAUCCGGAUGUGGAGCCUCUCUCGCCCGGAGGGGACUCUGUAGCUGGGCGGAGCCCGGCGGCGGCGGCGUGCGUGGGGGCUGAGAGAAGGGAGCUCCUGGGCCCAGGCGCUCGCCGGACGCCGGGAGGUACCACCGCUGCCCACGGGGGUGGAGGCGGCCCCGGCCCCGGCCCCAGUGUCCGGGCGCACACCCCAGAGCGAGAGGCCGGGGGAGAAAAAGGGCCGGCAGUUAAACUUGCGCCCCGCCACUCUCAACGUCCACCCCGGGGUAACCUCCCUCGGCUCCCCGCGCUCCCGGCAGGGAGACAGCGUGGUUUCCUAGCUGCCGUCGCUGUAGCCCGGAGGCGGAGCGCGGAAGAAGCGAAGUGAGUCCCCGCCCACGGCCCCCUCCCCCUGGUCCGCCCGCCGCCGCUGCGGCUUCCUCGUCGCUGUGGUCAGGACCCCGGUGUGAGAGGGGGCGCGGCGGCGGCGGCGGCGGCGGCCACGGCGAGGGAACGGCUGUAAGCUCGGCGGGGAUCGCGCCGCCGUCCCCGUGAGUUAUUCCCGCGUCCCCCGGGGCUCGCUGCCGCCCCCGCCGGCGCCAAGAGUCCGGCCCGGGCCCAACUGCCUCACGGGCCCCCCGGCGGCGGCGGCAGCGGCAGCAGCAGCAGCAGCAGCGGCGGCGGCGGGGCGCUCUGCUCGGGCCCCGAUGAGUAACUCCCGGAAUAACCGGGUGAUGGUGGAAGGGGUCGGGGCCCGGGUAGUCCGCGGCCCGGACUGGAAGUGGGGAAAGCAGGACGGCGGCGAGGGCCAUGUGGGCACAGUCCGGAGCUUCGAGAGCCCCGAGGAGGUGGUGGUCGUGUGGGACAACGGCACCGCCGCAAACUACCGCUGCUCCGGGGCCUACGACCUGCGCAUCCUGGACAGUGCGCCCACGGGCAUUAAGCAUGAUGGAACCAUGUGUGAUACCUGCCGCCAGCAACCAAUCAUUGGCAUUCGAUGGAAGUGUGCAGAAUGCACAAAUUAUGAUUUGUGCACAGUUUGUUAUCAUGGAGAUAAACAUCACUUAAGGCAUCGCUUCUAUAGAAUUACUACACCAGGAAGUGAGCGGGUUCUGUUAGAGUCUCGUAGAAAAUCUAAGAAGAUUACAGCAAGAGGGAUCUUUGCAGGUGCCAGAGUGGUACGAGGAGUAGACUGGCAAUGGGAAGAUCAAGAUGGAGGAAACGGACGUAGGGGAAAGGUAACAGAAAUCCAAGACUGGAGUGCAUCAAGCCCACAUAGCGCAGCAUAUGUUCUCUGGGAUAAUGGUGCUAAGAACCUUUACAGAGUUGGUUUUGAGGGCAUGUCUGAUCUGAAGUGUGUUCAGGACGCCAAAGGAGGUUCUUUCUACAGAGAUCACUGCCCUGUGCUGGGUGAGCAGAAUGGCAACAGGAAUCCUGGUGGGUUGCAGAUUGGUGACCUGGUAAAUAUAGAUCUUGACCUAGAAAUUGUACAGUCUUUGCAGCACGGUCAUGGAGGAUGGACUGAUGGCAUGUUUGAGACUUUAACUACAACUGGAACUGUUUGUGGCAUUGAUGAAGAUCAUGAUAUUGUAGUACAGUAUCCAAGUGGCAAUAGGUGGACUUUCAAUCCUGCUGUUCUCACUAAAGCAAACAUUGUCCGAAGUGGAGAUACUGCUCAGGGUGCAGAAGGAGGUACCUCACAGUUUCAAGUGGGUGAUCUCGUACAAGUUUGUUAUGAUCUGGAAAGAAUUAAACUUCUGCAAAGAGGACAUGGAGAAUGGGCUGAAGCUAUGCUCCCGACUUUAGGUAAAGUUGGCCGAGUACAGCAGAUUUAUUCAGACAGUGAUUUAAAGGUGGAAGUUUGUGGUACGUCUUGGACAUAUAAUCCAGCAGCAGUUUCCAAAGUGGCAUCUGCAGGAUCAGCCAUUAGCAAUGCAUCUGGUGAAAGACUCUCCCAACUCUUGAAGAAGUUAUUUGAAACCCAAGAAUCUGGUGACCUCAAUGAAGAAUUAGUUAAGGCUGCUGCCAAUGGAGAUGUUGCUAAAGUGGAAGAUUUGCUAAAAAGACCAGAUGUGGAUGUAAAUGGACAAUGUGCUGGCCACACAGCUAUGCAAGCUGCAAGUCAGAAUGGACAUGUCGACAUUUUGAAACUACUUUUAAAACAGAAUGUGGACGUAGAAGCAGAGGACAAAGAUGGCGAUAGAGCUGUUCACCAUGCAGCUUUUGGAGAUGAAGGUGCUGUUAUAGAAGUACUACAUCGAGGCAGUGCUGAUUUGAAUGCUCGAAACAAACGCAGACAGACACCACUUCAUAUUGCUGUCAAUAAAGGUCAUCUUCAGGUUGUGAAGACUUUAUUGGAUUUUGGCUGUCAUCCCAGUCUUCAGGAUUCUGAAGGUGAUACCCCACUUCAUGAUGCAAUAAGUAAGAAACGUGAUGAUAUCCUGGCAGUUCUUCUGGAAGCUGGAGCAGAUGUUACCAUUACAAACAAUAAUGGAUUUAAUGCCCUACACCAUGCUGCGCUAAGAGGAAAUCCCAGUGCAAUGCGUGUUUUACUCUCUAAAUUACCAAGACCAUGGAUUGUGGAUGAGAAGAAAGAUGAUGGUUAUACUGCCUUGCAUCUAGCUGCCCUUAAUAAUCAUGUGGAAGUGGCUGAAUUGUUGGUACAUCAGGGUAAUGCAAACCUGGAUAUCCAGAAUGUAAAUCAACAGUCGGCCCUACAUCUUGCUGUGGAACGACAACACACGCAGAUUGUUAGGCUUUUGGUCCGAGCAGGUGCUAAAUUAGAUAUUCAGGAUAAGGAUGGGGAUACUCCUUUGCAUGAAGCUCUGAGGCACCAUACCUUGUCUCAGCUACGUCAGCUGCAAGAUAUGCAAGAUGUGGGAAAGGUUGAUGCUGCCUGGGAGCCAUCCAAAAACACAUUAAUAAUGGGACUUGGUACCCAAGGGGCAGAGAAGAAGAGUGCAGCAUCUAUUGCCUGUUUCUUGGCUGCUAAUGGUGCUGACCUUAGCAUUCGAAAUAAGAAGGGUCAGUCACCGCUUGAUCUCUGUCCUGAUCCAAGUCUCUGCAAAGCACUGGCAAAGUGUCACAAAGAAAAAGUCAGUGGUCAAGUAGGUUCUCGAAGUCCUUCUAUGAUUAGUAAUGAUUCUGAAACCUUGGAAGAGUGUAUGGUGUGCUCAGAUAUGAAGAGAGAUACUCUUUUUGGCCCAUGUGGACAUAUUGCCACUUGUUCUUUAUGUUCUCCACGAGUCAAGAAAUGCCUUAUCUGUAAAGAACAAGUUCAGUCCAGGACAAAGAUUGAAGAAUGUGUGGUAUGCUCGGACAAGAAAGCAGCUGUUCUUUUUCAACCAUGUGGACACAUGUGUGCUUGUGAAAACUGUGCUAGCCUGAUGAAAAAGUGUGUGCAGUGUCGGGCAGUCGUUGAACGAAGAGUGCCUUUCAUUAUGUGUUGUGGAGGAAAAAGUUCAGAAGAUGCCACCGAUGAUAUCUCAAGUGGAAAUAUCCCAGUGUUACAAAAGGACAAGGAUAAUACCAAUGUAAACGCAGAUGUGCAGAAGUUGCAGCAACAGUUACAGGACAUUAAAGAGCAGACAAUGUGCCCUGUGUGCUUGGACCGUCUAAAGAAUAUGAUUUUCCUCUGUGGCCAUGGAACGUGCCAGCUCUGUGGAGACCGAAUGAGUGAAUGUCCCAUUUGUCGCAAGGCUAUUGAACGAAGGAUUCUUUUGUAUUAACAAGAAACUCAGUGUGUUUUGUUAGCUGAGGUGUUUGGUCAUGAGAUCUUAGUAAGCUUUUAAGCUAGUUGGAAGUUGUAAUGAAUUAAUUUUUAAUAUUAUAGUUUCUUUACUAGAGUAUUACGAGACUGUAAAUGUACCAGAACAAAAAACUCUAAUACAAAUAGUGGUUGAAGUCUUGUUUUUUUUUGUUUGUCUUAAUUUGAAAUAUGAAAUCCAUAUACUCGAUAGGUAAUUUACUAUUGGCUAAGGGGAAAAAUCCUUUAAAAAUCUUUUACAAAUUUAUUAGACUUUUGAUACAGUGAGUUAACACAGGUACUCAGAAAAGUUAGGGCCACUGAGGCACUAAAUGAAAGGGGCAAGUCAAACCAUUGUCACAUAAAUCAAGGAAAUAUUGAAGAGAGACUUCUUUUUGAGAUAAACAUCAAGUUAUUCAAAUGAUUGUUUCUGAAUUCUUAAAUGGAAGCAUAGCAUGAGAGAAUAAUGACUUUGCAUUAAUCUUAUUUUUCUAGAUUUAAAUGGCAAAGGAAACUUGAAUCCAGUUGCCAGUUUCAAAAUGACUGGUAGACAUGAAAAGGAAAAAUAAAAUAUAAUGAGGAACUGAAGGGAAGAAAAUUAUUCAGUCACAGAGUACCUAUUAAAUGACUAUUAAUAGUUGCCUUUCUUAUAUUAAUUUAUACACUGUUUUUUGUAGCCAGCCUUUAAAAAAAAUGCCUGUGAAAAGUAUACCUCAGAUUUCCCUGUGUUUACUUAUCCAGCUUUGAUCUGCCUGGUGAAAUGGUAAUCCCCUAAUUGGCCUCUGAGGUUCGAUUCAGCUUUUCUAAUAUACUGAAUAGUGGUACCCCAGUGAUCUGAGGAGGAUAAUGCACUGUCUGGCAUCUGCAGUCCUUUCUUCUCCAUAUCUAUUAAUUCUGACAGUGAUUCUGGUUCUAGGCCUGGGUUCCAUUCUCUCUCAGAUAGUAAAGCUUACUAUAAAGAAAACAGUCUCUCUCUCUCUAUAGGCAAGGAUAUGAUUUAAACUGCCAACAAUAUCCAAGACGUAGUAAAUAGCCUAAGAAUGAAUACUUACUUACUUUAGAAAGAGCGACUAGGACAUUUAGAGAGAUAUGUCCAAUUACCUGUAAAUUUUUUUUAACUUAAACUUUGACUUUAAAGCAUCUAAUCAUUUUCUCUCCUUUGAAUGAGUAAUCUUACCUAGGAUGGCUGUACACAUAAACAAGUGUUUUGGGGUUCAUUGCUGCUAGAUCAUUAAGAUUAUCAGCUAUUUACAAUAGUGUCUAGUAUGUACUGUGUAUAAAUGUACUCCUAAGAGUAGUUAUCUUACAGCUUUUUUCCCUCUUUGAAUCUGAUUCUUAAGUCAGUUUUUCUGUUACAACAACUUAACUCUGAAAGUACAAGGUCUCUAGGCCUCAUAAAAUAUCAUAUUUCUGACUAUUGAAUGGCUGCUGCCAUUAUAGGUCUUGGUGAAAACAAUGGUGAGCUUUGCUGGAUGAUUUUAUAGUCUUGGUAAUUCCAUAUCUGUGUUCAGUGGAGUCACAUCGUUUAGAAUGAUAAAAUUUUUAUAAAUUUACAUUUGAAAAUUUAUAUUGACUCCACUCAGUUAUCUAAUAAAUGGCCAUGGAGGCUAUUUUUAAGCCAUAUUUUGAAGUUAUGAAAAGAACAUCUGACUGACAAUAUUUGCAUAAAGAGACAAAUAAACUAUUUUCUUUCAGGUUUGAAAACAGUGGAAGUCCAGAUUUUCCUUUUCUUUUAUGCCCUAGAUCACUCAUCUCUGUUCCUUAGAUCUGCUGGGAAGCAGGGAGCAACUGGGUGACUCUGCAUAGUUUGGCCAGCCAGAGAAUUUUAUGGUCUGGAUCUCUACUUAAAACCUUUUUAUUUGUCUUCUGAGCUGCAGUGCUAAAAUUUAUACUCCUGACAGGCUAUUUCAUUUUCCAGACUUGUUUAUUUCCACCAUAUUAAGGAAACAAUAACUUAAAAACUUAACAGAAGUUACAAAGUCACUAUAAUUAUAGUGUUAUGCAAUGGUGGAUUUCCUCUAUUUGUACCACUUUGAAAUUUACUUAAUGAAUAGAAAAUGUUUCUCUACUCACCUUUUCAAGCACCUGAAAUUUUUUUUUAAAUUUAUUUUGGGACUGUGAGAGAGAAUAAGAUUAAGAACUUAAUUGCUUAAAUGACUUUCCUCUAACUCUGUGAAACUGCUACCUCUUAUUAUAUAUGUCAGCAGUGCUUUCCCAAAUAGGGAUGUUUCCUCCUCAUCGUCAUGUCUUUAUCUUAUGCCUCAAAGAGCUUUUACUUUUCCUAGAAUUAGUUAAAAAAGCAAAACUGACAUACAUUCAUUAAAAAACAUAUUGGGCUUCAGGGGAUAGAUCCAUGACGUUGAAAAAACAAAGAACAGCAUCUUAACACAUAGAGAAUUUAUCAUGCAGCUGUAUAUUUGAAAUAACCUGUAGACAAAAAGAAGGGAUCCUAAGGUACUGAUGGCAUUUCUUAAGGUUUUAUAAGAAUAAUUGUUAAGUAGCAUUUGGACCCCCUCUUUCUCCUUCUUACUCCUACCACAUUUUCUUCUUUAUUCUUCUAAGAUUGUCAAUUUUGUUACUGAAAACAUACAACUUAACAAAUGGUGGUGCUAUUCUAAUUGUUUUUCUUAAUAUGUAUUUAAUUUUGCUGGGAGCAAGAAAGUUAUUCAAGAAAAAAUCAUUUUGUAUUAGUAUAGGAAUAUUAUAUCACGCAAGUGUUUAGCUGGCUGAAUUAUGCUUUUUAUAGUUUUAAACAUUGCAGUGAGGAAUAAAAUUAAUUGAUAAUGUUGAAAAUAACUUUCUUAAAUUUAUAUCUGAUGGUUUUAGCCUCUAAGACCAUUUUAGCAUAUUGAAAUGCAUGUUGCUUAAGAUUUGUCCAGUUCAAAUUUCAAAGCUUCAUUUUUACAUGGUAGAAAUAUACCAUUUAGUUAUAUUGCCCAAUUGCUGUUUUUUGUUUAUUAUGAAUUGUGGAUCCUUUGGACUAGGAAUUAAAUUUAUGAACUAAGAGAAUUAGUGAUGGGGUAGAAUAGAAAGGAGAGUAGGGGGUUGCAGCAAGAAAGAAAGAAAUAUCAAUGUUAAAUAAGUGGGGACAAGGGGGAUUGUGUAGAUUUCAUCAAAGCAGUAAUAGAGAAAGUGUAUUUAAUUGAAUAAUAGAAAGGGUCUUUCAGUCAGUUUUCAAUGUAGUUUAAUUGAUAAUUGCUUUGUAAACUAUAGACUUUAAUACCACUUGCUUUAAAAAAAACCAUAAGGAAAAGCACUUCUCAAAGUGUCUAAAAUAUUUUAUAAUAAUAAUUUGUAUAAAAAUUGAAUUUUGGAAUAGAAUUUUUUGCAUUUUUUUAUUGUGGUGAGAACACAUAACCUGAAAUUUACCAUCUUAACCAAUUUUAGUGUACAGUUCAGUAGUGUUAAGUAAAUUCACAUUGUUGUGAAACAGAUCAGAUCUUGAAAAGUUGAAACUUGAUACCCAUUAAACAACAAGCCCCCCCCAUGUGGGAUCAGAUUUUGAUGAAAUAUAAAAAGGAACACCUGAAUUAUCUUAACAGUUUGUGUUUGCGAAAUCCAAAGUCAUGGUAAACAUCAAGUUCCUAAAACUUGGAGGGUGACAGAAUUUCUUCCUUUUCCCCUUAAAAUUAUCAUCAUUCAUAAUUGACUAGGUUUUAAAUGUCUGUUAAUUGGAAGGGUUUGUAAGUUCAUUUUGAACCAGAGGGAAGAAACACAUUUUAAACAUUAGAAUUAGUUUAGCUUUGAAUUUGUACUCAAUUGGGAAUGUAAAAGAUUAUCACAAAUUAUGUGUGCCUUGUUGAAAAUGUCAGUUUUCUUUAAGUUUAAAUGUAACUGUUUCAAAAUUUUUUUUCUCUCAAAAAGCAACCUAAGUUUAUUUGCUUGACUAUUAUGAUAGGAAUGCUUACUGAUAUUACUUGAUAAUCAUAUAUAGCCUUGGAGCUUUCACAUAUAUAUAAAACUAUAAUCGUAUUAAUAAUUACAGCUGUACUUCUUUAAAACAUUAAAUUUGAGGAAAAAUUAUUCAGUGCUGCCUCAUGUGUACGUUGCUUUGCUACAAUGAGGGGGAAACCCUUUAGAUUGAGCCUCAGUUUACUGCUAAAUGGUUAGUAGUGGGGGAAACUGGAGUGUUAAAAUAUAAACUAGAUAGUGGAGCUGAUGAAUUAAAAUUGUAGGUUGCUAUAUUAGCAUUUCUGCCUCCUUUUCUAUUAGACUAUUAUUUUUUUCCAGCAUUUAUUCAUGUUUGUGACUAAGGAGGAGAUGGAAACCCAAGGCUAAAAUUGAAAUUUUUAUUUUGUUGAGGAUUUAAGCAGUUGGUUCAGGAAAGGUGACUUGCCACAUCAAUUUGGUGCCUAAAUCCAUAACUACAGUCUAAUUGAUACAUCUAAAAUGUGUAAGAAAGAUGGUAUUGCUGAAUAUUUUACUUUUUCUAUACAGUCUCUUUGAUUUUUUUUCAUAGACAUGACUUCUUUUCUCCAAAAAGCAAAAUUAUCUUUUAAUUUUCUAUAAAAUAAACAAAUAUGCCACUUUGGCUGAAAUCUGUAAUUUCAGGAAGUUGGAAAGUUCAGUUCUGUCUCAGGGCUUUUUAACAGUUUAAGCAAUUGGUAGUUACAUUUCAGAAGGUUCAUCUACAUAAUUCUUCAGUGCCUUGAAAGAAUUAUUAACCUGGCAACACUAAAACUUAAUAGAAGGCAUAGUGUGCAGGUAUGCACAUGUUUUUAAGUUGUAUUGCUUAAGCUUGCGUAAUAGCGAUACUGUGCGUGUGCUGGGUUUGGGUAAUUCUUUAAAGGAAGUUUUCUAGAGUUGCACUUGAUAGUUUUUUUAACUGAUUAUUUGUGGCCAUGACACUUACCAGAAAAGUAAUUCUACGUUAAGUCAUUAUGCAAAGUCAUGUAUAAGAUGCUUCUCAGAAAAGGAGUUAGGGUUCAGUUUUCCAUUUUAAUAUGAAAUGAGGAUCUGUUUGGUUAACCCAGAUGGUCUUCCUCUCAGAUGAAAAAGAGGCCUUUUGUUCAAGUGAUUUGGUUUUAAAGAAAUUUGAGGGGUGGGAAUGGAAAUUACAAAUUGCAUGUUAUUCUUUUGCUAGUAUUACUGCUAGCCUUAGAUUGAAUCUACAAAAUUGCUUUUAAGUUCUGUAUAUUUGUGUCAUUCUAAAUACAGUAUAUUCAGUAAUAGAAGGCAAUUUAAUUGAUUCAGCAGUGUUUUGCUUUGUACUUUUUCUGGUGGCUUUUAGCUUUCAGUUGAUUAAAUUUAAAGUCCUGUUUGUGAAUAUAGUUUUUGUAUGGCAAAUGAUUCUUGCUUAUUAGCUUUUUUUAAAAGGGUGCUUAGUAAGAGCUCAGCUUUUAAAAAAUAAAUGCAAACAUUUACCAUUAAUAAAAGCUAUGAUGUAAUAUUGUAA